AUGAGAGCCCCGCUGCUGCCGCUGGCGCCGGUGGUGCUGUCCCUCCUCAUCUUCGGCUCAGCCCAUUAUACUGCUGGAUUAGACGUCAAUGACACCUACCCUGGAAAAGGGGAACCACUUUCUGGGGACCACAGUGCCGACAGAUUUGAGGUGACCUCAAAAAGUGAGAUUUCCUCUGCAAGUGAAACGCCUCCUGGUGGUGAACUGUCCUCGGGGAGCGACUAUGACUAUUCAGAAGAGUAUGAUAGUGAACCACACAUAUCUGGCUAUGUUGUAGAUGAUUCAGUCAGAGUUGAACAGGUAGUUAAGCCUAAGAAAAACAAAACGGAAAGCGAAAAGACUUCAGAUAAACCCAAGAGAAAGAAAAAGGGAGGCAAAAAUGGGAAAAAUAGAAGAAACAGAAAGAAGAAAAAUCUGUGUGAUACAGAAUUUCAAAAUUUCUGCAUUCAUGGAAAAUGCACAUUUUUAGAGCAACUGGAAACAGUAUCAUGCCAAUGUUAUACAGAGUACUUCGGUGAACGAUGUGGGGAAAAGUCCAUGAAAACUCAGAGCAUGGUCGACAGCGAUUUAUCAAAAAUUGCUUUAGCAGCUAUAGCUGCUUUCGUCUCUGCCAUGACCUUCACAACUAUUGCUGUUGUUAUUACAAUCCUGCUUCGAAGACGAUACCUCAGGGGAUAUGAAGGUGUCGCUGAAGAACGAAAGCAACUUCGACAAGAAAAUGGAAAUGCACAUGCUGUAGCAUAA